AUGAUCACCACACUCGAUAAGCGUUUCAAGUUGCCGACGUUUGAGGUCUUGAAGAAUGCGGUGGAAGAAGUGAUGAAGGGUCAGACUGCUUUGACCUUUGAAGAUUCUAGAUCGACUUUUCCGGUUCCCUCCACGUUGUUUAAGGAUUCGAAUGAUGUUAUGAAGAAGAUGGAAGCUGAUCGGCGCCCCAAGGAGGUAUCCGAUGUUUCAAAACCUCCGGCAACCAUCGAUGAGAUCUCAAAGAUGCUCCAGUCGUUUGAGCAGCGUUUGAAGAAAGAACUUUCAACUCCCCAACCUUCGCAAACCACUCCAUCCGGCUCCCGUCCACCUAUGGUCUGCUAUUAUUGUCACUAUGAAGGCCAUGGAACCGGUCGAUGUCAGAAACUUCAAGAGGACAAAGAAAAUAAGCUUGUAGAGCAGCAGGGUAAUAACUUUUUCCUUCCAAAUGGUGCCCUUAUUCCAUUUGAUCGUACCCGACCUAUCCGGCAUGUUGUUGCUUCCUAUCAACCACCGAGACCGUCUACGAGUUUUGUUUCAACCGAAUUCAAGGCCAGCUGCAGUACUCUUCAGCCAUGGUAUCCACCAGCCGUCUCAUCUCAGUCUUUCUCUGGAGCCUACGAAUCUGAUCCCGCUAGGAAGAGGCAUGAAGAGCCAAAACCCUACAAGGCCCCUUCUGUUCCCCCGUCUCAGACUCGCCGUCCCAUCAGGAAGCCCUCUACCGUGUCCCCUAGACCUGAAAAGGACGAGAUGGAAGUUGAGCCCGAGCUCUUUGAAAGAGGACCAGCCGAGCCUAGUCAUACCGAGGUCCCAUCAAAUGAUCCUGUUUCUCCGUUGCCUCCAUCAAAUGAUCCCGUUCCUCCGUCACCUCCUUCCAAGCCCGCUAGUUCUCAACCCAAAGUCCGUUUCGAACGAGGAGUCACCAAAGAACAUCCGAAUGCUGUGGAUGGUGUACUCAAGAAGAUCUCUGACCUCAGGGUUCCCGAUAUUUCUGUGAAUGAAGAAAUGGGUCUCCCGUCGUCGCGUUGA